GGGGCUCUAUCUCGUGUAUUUUCGUCUGCGGCCUAGAGCAGUCGCCGCUGCGAGAUGACUCCUCGAACCAUCUUCUUCAUCUCUCUGGUCAUCUCUUCAGCAUUCGGGGGUGUUUUGAGUCAAUUUCAAAGCGGGCCCUCCGAAUCAGAAUGCAGGCCUUAUAUAGAAAAGGCACUACAAGGAGCUGGCACACAAGACACUCAAGAAGAAUUUGGCCAGACGCCGGUAGAUCAAGUUGGUGAACCACCACAGUCUGGGGAAACACAAGAUGGCCUAGAACACCAAGAGGAGCUGGGCGAUUCCCUCGAAAAUGCGGGUGAACUUACUGGGGAAACCACUGAAAGCUUGACAAAAAACUCUGGAGAUGAUUCUCAAAAGGAAGAGGAUGUUCAAGCAAGUGUCGAACAAGUGGACAGCGAACAAUCUAGUCUUGAAGAGGACGCUGGUGCUUUGGCUGCAGGUGAAGUUACAUUGCAAGAGACUGAAAUGGGUGAUGCUGCAGGUGAAUCUUUAGAAGAAGUCAGUGAAGAACCUGUUGAUCCAAACCUUGACGAGCCCAGUGUAGAAAAGGGGGAUGCUUCUGUUGAAGAGACUCAGGAUUUAAAAGAACAACCAGAAACGCCAACUACAGAAGAAGAAACUGAAAACAAAAAAACAGAUGAAGUAACAGAGGAACAUGAAGAAGGAACAGACUCAGUAAUGGCUGAAGAAUCGAAUGAGGAAGAACAGGAUAAAACAGAAGAAACACUAAGUCAAGAUGAACAAGUAGAAUCCUUGGAAAAUAUGGAUGAACAAACAAAAGAUUCAGCUGAAGAAACCUCCACCCAGGAAGAAGAAAAUUUAGAGGAAAAUAUGCCUGAUGUGCCACUUGAAUCCGAAGAAAACGCAACUAAAGAAUCAGUGGAAGAAGGUUUUGCUGAGGCUGAAAGUGUCGAAGAAGUAAUGAAAGAGGAUGCAGUGGAAACAGCCUCAAGUGUUGAAAGUGUUGAAACAGUGGAGGAAGAAAAAGUUGUCGAACCUUCUGUUAUCAGUGAAAGUGCCGCUGAAACGAAAUUAAGUGAAGAAGUUUCUUCUGAAACUGCAGAACAAGCGAUGGAAGAGGCCUUAAAAGAAGAGCCCAGCGAACAAGUUGAGACCUCAGAAGAAACUGUUCAUGACCAGCCUGCUGAAGGGUUUCUUGACGAACCUACCGAAGCAUUGCCUAAAGCAGACGAAGAAACAAAUGAACCACAAAAUACCUCGACUCUUCUAGAAGAAGCUAAAAGUGAAGCUGAAACUGAGGGUGAAAAAUCAACCGAACCUGAAACCCCAGAAGAAGAGCUCACAAUGGAAAUUGAAGUUCCAGAAAAUCUUAGAUCCCGUGAACACAUGGCACAAAUUCUUCAAUUAGAUAUCGACACAGCCGAAACUGAGAGACAAUUGAGCAAAAUUGCGGACAAUACAUUAAGAGAAUUGAAAAAAUUGUAUGAUGCAGCUAUAAAACCAUUGGAGAUACUGUAUAAAUACAGAGAUUUAAGUAACAGACACUUUGGUGAUCCGGAAAUAUUUUCAAAGCCACUUGUACUUUUCAUGGGGCCAUGGAGCGGUGGAAAAUCUACUAUUAUUAAUUAUCUUCUUGAAAAUGAAUACAAAAGAACAGCCUUACGGACUGGGGCUGAACCAUCUCCUGCAUACUUCAACAUUGUAAUGUGGGGCGAACGAGAAGAAGUCCUUGAUGGGACACAACUAGCAGCUGAUUGGACAUUCUCUGGUCUUCAAAAGUUUGGUCAAGGUUUGCUUGACAGACUACGAGGUCUUAAAUUAAACCAUCCAUUAUUAGAGAAGGUGAAUAUUGUAGAAAUCCCUGGCAUUUUGGAAAUUAGAAAGCAAGUAGAAAGACUUUUCCCAUUUAAUGAUGCCUGUCAAUGGUUUAUCGACAGAGCAGACAUUAUAUUUUUAGUUUAUGACCCUUCGAAACUUGAUGUUGGUCCUGAAAGUGAAGCUAUUUUGGAUCAGCUCAAAGGACGUGAAAUGCAGACCAGAAUUAUUUUGAAUAAAGCUGAUCAAGUGCGCCCAGAAGAACUAAUGAGAGUUCAAGGAACUUUGAUUUGGAACAUUUCACCAUUGAUGUCUUCAACCGAGCCCCCAGUAAUGUAUUCGACAUCACUGUGGUCAUUGCCGUAUGAAUCCGGAGCCCCAACGAAGCUUUUAUAUGCACAAGAGAGGGCAUUUUUAAGAGAUUUGCGUGAAGCUAUCAACAAGAGGGUAGAAAACAAGAUUGCCAGUGCAAGAAGAUUUGCAGUACGUGUUCGCAAUCAUGCAAAGAUGGUAGAUUGCUACCUCACAACAUACUACAACCAUAAAUCAUUUUUUGGAAACAAGAAGAAAAUAAGCGACGAGAUAAUCGAGCAUCCACAGAACUACCAUAUUUACGAGGGACUCAGCACUCUGACUAAUAUUUCCCGAUACGAUUUGCCAGACCCCGAUGUUUACAGAGACUUUUUUAGGUUAAAUCCCGUUUACGAAUUCCAACAGUUGUCUGCGACUUGUACAUAUUUCAGGGGGUGUCCGAUCAAUAGGCUCGACAUCGCCAUCGCUUACGAUCUCCCCGAGCUUGUUGGAAAAUACAAAAAACAAGUAGAAGAUCUUACAAAACGAAAUAAAUGACCGAAGGUUGUUUAGAUAUUAUUCAAAGAAAAUCCCAAUGAGAAUGCACUUCCCAUUUAUUAUGAAUAUACAGUUUUAAGUGUACAUACAAAACUGUUAGAGUAUGAAAAUUUAAGUUAUGCCAAGAGAGCAAGUCAAAAAUCUUAAAAUAAAUAAAACUCCUAUUAUAAUGAUACUUUAUCAUUUAAAACUAUAUAGUUAUUAUGAAAUGCAAUUCAAAAUAUAAUGCUGUUAUGGUAAAAUAAAAAAAAUGGACUUGGGAGUUGCAGUUGUAAUCGUAAGUGGUAUGUUGUGGGGAUGAGAGUGAAUGUGCAUGUUGCACUUGUUUUCUUCUUAAUGUACAUUCCAGGACAGUGAUUCCACACUAAAGUGAGGUAUAUUCAAUAUAAAAUGCAAAAUCCAUGAAAAUUAAUGAAAACUCUGGUAUGAACAGUGAGAAGAAAGCGAGCGUACAACAAAUGGUAAAAGUUAAUGUACAAUAAGAAUUCUUUGACAUUUUGACAUUACUUACACCAUUUAUGCUCAAUUUAUUUAUUUUAGAUUGAAGUGUUGCAUUUAAAAUUAGACGCAAGAUAAAUUGAUUUAUCAAAGCAAUUGGUUUGUCAUCUAUUUAAUAAAUUCGAAGUCUUAAUGUUACGCUCCAACAAAUCUUAUAUUUAAAACCAAAAAAUUAGCUCAAUUUCAACAAUAAUUUAUCUUUUAGGUUUUGUAGAAUUCUAGUUUACACAUCUCAAAUUGAGAUCUCAUUCAAUAGCCCAUCAAUCACAUUUGUUACGGCUGUUUUUCUUUUUCCUAUUUACCAUGUACAUAUAUUCAAAUGUAUACAACUCAAUAAAUAGAAAAGAAAAUUUUA